ACUUGUCUUCAUCACAAAACAACACAAAGUUCAAAACAACCUUCCUUAUAAUCUUUUCCUCUUUGAUCCACUUCAAAACCUCAAAUCAUCAUGGGUGUUUCCACUCACAACGACGAGUUCACCUCCACCGUUGCCCCCGCCAGGCUGUUUAAAGCUGCCGUGCUUGAUGCCGACAACCUUUUCCCAAAAAUUGCUCCCGAUGCUGCUAAAAGCGCCGAGAAUAUCGAAGGAAAUGGAGGGCCCGGAACCAUCAAGAAGAUCACCUUUCCCGAUGGCAAGUAUGUGAAGCAGAAGCUUGAUGCAAUUGACCACGACAACUAUAGCUACAGCCACAGCAUAAUCGAAGGAGACGUUUUGUCCGCCGACAUUGAGAAAAUAUCUCACGAGACCAAGUUUGUCGCAGCCCCGGGCGGAGGAAGCGUCAUUAAGGUCACUACCACGUUCCACACCGUCGGAAGUGCCCCGGUCGAUGAAGCGAAGGCUAAGGAAGGAAAGGAAAAGGCCGCAGGUCUGUUUAAGCUCGUCGAAGGCUAUCUCGAGGCAAACCCCAGCGCUUACAACUAAAUCUGUCGAACUUUAUGUUUGUCAAAUUACUUUUUUCUAUAAGCUAAAGCGUGUGGUUUUGGAUUUCUUGCCAAUAAGAGUGUGGAGUUUUGAUAAUCCUGUUUGCAUCGAAAUGUUUGAGAAAGUAUUGUAUCUUUUAUAAGUAAUAAUAUAA